ACACAACCCACUCACAGAAAAACCUAGAAAGCUCUAGAGAGAAAAAGAGAGAGAGAGAGAAGUCGGAGAUGGAAGGUAAAGAAGAAGAUGUCAGAGUCGGAGCUAACAAGUUUCCGGAGAGGCAACCUAUCGGAACUUCGGCUCAGAGUGACAAGGACUACAAAGAGCCACCACCGGCGCCGUUGUUCGAGCCCGGCGAGAUAGCUUCGUGGUCAUUCUGGAGAGCUGGAAUCGCUGAGUUCAUCGCUACGUUUUUGUUCCUGUACAUCACUGUUUUGACUGUUAUGGGUGUGAAGAGGUCACCGAACAUGUGUGCUUCCGUCGGAAUCCAAGGAAUCGCUUGGGCUUUCGGUGGUAUGAUCUUCGCUCUCGUCUACUGCACCGCUGGUAUCUCCGGUGGACACAUCAACCCAGCGGUUACGUUCGGUUUGUUCUUAGCCAGGAAGCUUUCGCUCACACGAGCUGUGUACUACAUAGUGAUGCAGUGCUUAGGAGCUAUCUGUGGAGCUGGUGUGGUCAAGGGGUUCCAGCCAAAGCAAUACCAGGCUUUGGGAGGUGGAGCCAACACCAUAGCUCAUGGCUACACCAAAGGAAGUGGUCUUGGAGCUGAGAUUAUUGGAACCUUUGUCCUUGUUUACACCGUCUUCUCAGCCACUGAUGCCAAGAGAAACGCUCGUGACUCUCAUGUUCCUAUUCUAGCACCGCUCCCUAUCGGAUUCGCUGUGUUCUUGGUUCACUUAGCAACCAUCCCCAUCACCGGAACUGGAAUCAACCCAGCAAGAAGUCUUGGUGCUGCAAUCAUCUUCAACAAGGACAACGCUUGGGAUGACCAUUGGGUCUUUUGGGUUGGACCAUUCAUUGGUGCUGCUCUUGCUGCUCUCUACCACGUUAUAGUCAUCAGAGCCAUCCCAUUCAAGUCCAGAAGCUAAGCUGAUUGAGUUCUUAUUUAAAAUCUGGCUUUUGUUCUUAGUUUGCUUUUUUUUUUUUGUGAAUCUGCUACCUGUGUGUACCGUGUGUCUGUUGUUCUCCUCUUCUUUGCCUAAUGGAGACUUUAUGUAAAACAAAGAUAUUCCCCAGAA